CCUCUUACCUUUUCCCCUGUCCCACUUUCCAUCUCCAAUUUGGAUAUUGUUUUGCGUGUAUUAGCACAAUGGGCAGAUCCCCUUCUUGUGAUGAACAGAGUGGUUUGAAGAAAGGUCCAUGGACCACAGAGGAAGAUGAGAAAUUGAUGGAUUAUAUUGCUAGACAUGGCCAUGGAAGCUGGAGAGCUCUCCCCAAGCUUGCAGGCCUGAACAGGUGUGGCAAGAGUUGCAGACUAAGGUGGACAAAUUACCUCAGGCCAGAUAUUAAGAGGGGAAAAUUCUCUGAAGACGAAGAAAGAGUUAUCAUCAAUCUUCACUCAGUUGUUGGAAACAAGUGGUCAAAGAUUGCAACUCAUCUUCCGGGGAGAACGGAUAAUGAAAUCAAGAACUACUGGAACACACACCUGAGAAAGAAGCUGCUACACAUGGGGAUUGAUCCAAACACCCACAAGCCAAGGACUGACCUCAAUCACCUUCUGAAUCUUUCACAGUUGCUCAGAGCAGCAAAUGUUGGGCAGAUGAAUAUGAGUUCUUGGGACAAUGCCCUGAGCCUGAGGCUACAAGCAGGAGCGGCCCAACUAGCCAAAAUGCAGCUACUGCAACAUUUAUGCAUGCAGUUUGUGAACUCAUCAAGUUCUGCUGCUGCUCCUCCUCCUCCACUUCCUAAUAUUGACAUGAUGAGCACUUUUGGUUAUCAAAAUCUCAACCAAUUUGGAGGGCAAGCCAAUUCAUUGGAAGGCUUUGAAGGACAUAAUACUAGCAAUAAUAAUAGUAAUAUUCCUAUUUUUGACAACAACAUGAGCAGUUACUAUGAAGAUAUGCUGCAGACCAAGAACCCAUUUCCUGCAUUAGUUUCAGCAUCUCCUGGGACUUCUUGCAACACCAACACCAACCAAAUGGAAAAUAGCAUGAGUGGUGAUCCUGCAGCAGAUUGCUUCUCCACCCACUCUCCCACCACCAUCUUUGAGGCUUGGGAGAAGCUCAUGGAUGAUGAAACCAGUGAAUCCUACUGGAAAAAUAUUCUAGAAUCAAUAUCAUAAAUGCCGUCGUCAUGAUCUAUAGCCGCGCCCUUAUAAAUUUGAAGAACUUUUGAAGUUCCUACACAAAAUUUACUGCAUUCAUUAUUCAUUAAUAAGGUUUAUUUUUUUUAAGGUUAUAAUUAUUGUUUGAUGAUGCAGCUUCUGAACUGAUAAUACAUGUAUGUAGCUAUACCUAUGUGAAAAGAUAUAUACCUCCGAAUUCUUGUAAACUUUUAGCUAAGGAAUUUUCCAUUUUCACUGCA